GUACAUGGUAGAUCUAUUUCUGAACGAGAAGCGGUUGUUUGAUUCGCUUUUCUUUAUCCACGCGUGACAUUUUUAGACCUUGGAAGGCCUUUAUCUAACCUUCUAAGCCGUGAUCGUUAGUGGUGUGUAGCACGAUUCUCAGCCAGGCGAUUAGACGACGCUCUCUCCACCUGUGUGUUCGAAGGUUGGAGGAGGCGCGAACUUGACGCGUGCGUUUCAUUUCAUUCGCACAGCGCUCUACCGUUGCGAGAAAGCAGCGAGUGAGAACAUCGCACACCGCUAGCACGGACCACAAGCUGCUGCAGAGAUCAUGGGAAGCUGUCUAGCUAGGAUUCUCCGCAAGAACAGAGACCCAGGCUAUGAGCGGGCCACUCGCAAUGCAGAGGAUGCGUUCGACAGCGAUUCGGACACGGACGAACCACUGCUCCGCGAAAGCGAGACACCAGCUAGUUCCGGGGCAGGCAGAGAAGGCCAAGUGGUACCCAAACUUCUGGUUGAGUCGGAGUACCAUGAUGACGAUUCCGGGGACGAGGGUGCCGGUAAUAGACACGAUGACGUUGAUGGAGAUGAACAAGUUGAUCAGCAUCAGAUGGGAGACAUGACAGCGGAAGCAUUCGAUGCUCUGGCUACAGCCGCCUUGGAAGCCACGGUAAAGUCCCUCGUUCCGGAAUUGGACACGCCCGUUCCUGCCAACACACCGGCAGAUGGAAACCUACUAGAUCUCUGAGCAAAUAGCCGGCUAAUUGCCGCCAGCCCCUUGUACCAUGUAAGACGGGAGACUGAGCGAGUUAUGUUUACGUAACGACAGCAAGUACACUCAUAUAGCUCUACACAGCUAGUUGUACUGUGUUGGUGUGAGAGCGUGUUGACCCCCUGCCCUGUACGUUAUGCCGGCAUGACACAUAUGCAAGGGUGGUAUUACUGGUACAUGGAUGUGGAACCUGUCCUAAUGAUGUCAUUGUCAUUUUGAUGAUGUCAUUUUCAUCAUUUUUCAACCUAGCGGACGUAUCACGUCAUCAUCUGCCUUUUUCCCUCCAUUCACCAAUUUCUUUUUCUUUCUUCCCUCUUCUCUUUCUUUAUCUCUGUUUGUCUUUGAACCCCCUUACUUCUCCAUGUGGCUAUAUGAUAGGGACCGUAUCUUGCAUUUUGUCAAGCUAUACUGAUUCUGUAAAUUACCCAGUACAGGUGACUGCGGUAGCGUUUAUAAUAAUCAAUACUUUAUGGUCGGGUAGGCUUGAUCAUACUUAUCACAAUCAUAUACAUGUAAUUACUCUCAUAUUCACGCGCACAUAGGGUCACACAUGUGUGAGCAUACGCAAUGCUACAUGUGACUUGUAGAGGGAAGUGCAGUUUAGACCGACAUGCGUUUGCGAUGCUAAAGUGCUGCGUGAAUGA